AUGUACCCGACGGUUUUAAGCAUUAGGAGGGGGGCGCCCAAUGGCGGAUCGCGCAGAGGAGACUUGGCGGCGAAGGAUGGUGUGGGUACCCAUUGCCAUGAAGGGGGAGAUUGGAAUGUAUUUUACCUUUUUCUGCACAGCGUCGUCGACUUUUCACAAAAUCGAUCCAUGUGCCCGAAAACGGUGAAGCUGGUUGAAGCCCUUCCACGCCACCACAAGCACGCCUUUUUCUCGGCACUGGCACCGGGCACCCACGUCGUCAAGCACAACGGUCCAACCAAUAAGAAGCUUAGGGUGCACCUUCCACUCCUCGGUCCGGGGGGUGGACUCUCCCGUCUUCGGGUUGGUUCCGAUACAAGGGAGGUUGUCGAGGGAAAGGCGCUUGUGUUCGACGAUAGUUUCGAGCAUGAGGCUUGGAACGACGACGACGACGACGACGACGACGACGACGACGACGACGACAACAGUUCUGCCAAAAACGAGGAAGAAAGUAUAGGCAAGGGCGAGGGCGAGGGCGAGGGCGAGGGCGAGGGCGAGGGCGACACCGAUGACGAUGACGAUGGUGAUGGUGAUGACGACAGCAGCAGCAGCAGCAGCAACGAGAACGUUGUUGACAGAAACAGUCGCGGCACCGAUAACAACACUAGAGAAGGACCGUCGUGCUUAGAGGAAGCGCAAGGAGAAGACUGUAACGACGCGUGUCACCCGGGAGAACGAGGGACACAGGGGGGACGGGGAGGUUGCAGUGUGGGUGAGGGACGGGGCAAAGCAGCGGAGAAAAGAUGCAGGAGAAGCAGGGCAGCACCACGGGUUACUUUGAUCGCCGACGUGUGGCACCCUGAUCUUUCCAACAGCGAAGUUCGGUUCUUGGCGUUUCUACAGGAAGCCAGCCUCCGCCUUGAGAAGCGCUUGGUUACGAACGUGGAGAAAGAGGAGACGUUUGCGGGUCUACAAACAACCCGGACGCAUGAUCAGGGUUGUUCCAACUACAGCACCAAUAGCAAUGUCAUGGGCAACUUCUUGGGGGUCAUCAACCGUGCGAGAGGCCUCUGCUCGGACGAGUCAAAUAUAUUUGGGAAUUCCUAGAAAUAUACAUCCUCCAACCACAUUGGCACCACAUUUAUUUGCUGCCCCGUACAGAUGGCGCCCGCACUUAAGAACCUCUAUUAUAGUUUCGGCCGAGGCUGGGGUUCUUAUUUUGCUGAUCAUCCUCUUGUGGGCUACAAAUGGCCGCUAUAUAGGUUUUAGUGUAGGGUCCUUAAUCGAGCUCACAAAUGGUGCUCAAGUUCUUAGCUUCUGAUUUUUUGCGAGUCUCAAUUUCUUAAGUGCUAAGUUCUUAACUGCGGGCGCUAUGUGUAACAGAGAGAGAAAAAGUACUGCCGCAGUGUACUGCUGUAGUCUACACGGUGUUUAUUUUAUGUUUAUAUUAAGUGUCUUUAGCGGGGGGGGAGGGGAGACAAGUCGAAUCACAAGCAAGCUACGGCAAUGUGUGCUUUUUGGGUGACCCAGCAGAGCGACAAAUCCAUCAAGUUUUCCUGGAUCUGCAGACUGUGGGGUACACGUUGCAUAGGUACCCACAUGUACGUAUAAUAGUGUAGAUGCUGUAAUGCUGUAGUACAUCAGAUUCUGAAUUCGACGAGGCACGAGUUGUUUGUUGCCGAUUUCCGACCAUAUCUGCAUACAUGCGAAUUCAUUCAAUGUAAUUUCCACCUUGACGUCGACG